UCGGAACUACACCACGUAAACAAAACGUUGGGAGAGAAAUUCAUUAUCACUCUCCACAAAGGCCACAUUUCUCUGUCUUUUUCAGGAAAAUAGCAAACCCGCGAUGAAGUAACUAAUAUAUAAAGUAUCCCAAGGUAUCAGAGAAGAAGAGAACACAGCGGGUUUGCCUCUCUUUCCCCCAAGAAGUCGGAGAAAUAAGAACAAGUCGCCACCAUGGGGAAGGGUUUCAAUAAUUACAUGUGUAAAAAGUUUUUCCAUCCAGCGUCCAGGGAUAAUUUGAAACGGGUCUGGAUAGCGGAACAGAAAGCCGAUGCAGAACGGAAGAAGCAGGAGGAACUGCGUGUUCAGUAUGAGAAAGAACAGGAACUAUACAACAACAAAGCCCUUUUGGCAAGGGGUGAGAACAAGGAGAAGCUCUCCCUCAACUUCAUGUACGAAGCACCUGCGGGUGUGAAAAAGGAGAGGGAGAAAGAAGACGGAGAGCCAGAGUACAAGUUCGAAUGGCAGAGGAAGUUCAAUGCACCACGUGAGAGCUAUUGCAAAGAUGACGACACGAUCAGGGACCAGCCCUUUGGCAUUGCUGUGCGGAAUGUAAGGUGCAUCAAAUGUAAGGCAUGGGGCCACAUAAACACAGACAAGGAGUGCCCUCUGUACGGCCGAGUCUUGGAACCCACGGAUGGCAUGGGAAACAUCGACCACAAGGAACUGGCCGCUGGGAUGAGGGAUGAUGGGCUUAGGCUGAAGAACGUGGCCACUAUGUCCAACGGAAUUUACGGUUUGGCACAAAAUCCUUAUGCUGGAAACCAGAGAAUUCUCUCAAGUGACGAAGAAGCUGUGGAUGAAUACUCGCUCCUGAGGUCCUUAUCCACCAAAGAAAAGAAAAAGUUGCUGAAGAAGCUCGAGAAAUUGGAAAAGAAGAGCAAAAAGAAAAAGAAGAACAAGAAGAAAAGCAAAGUAGAAUCUUCGUCGAGUGAGGAUUCAUCGAGCUCAGAGGAUGAAAGAGAGAAGAAGAAGAAAAGGAAGAAGAAAAGGGAGAAGAAGAAGAAGGAGAGCAAGAAGAAGAGGAAGAGUCGGAGCAGCUCCAGCAGUUCUGACUCAGAGGACUCGGAGGAGGAGAAGGAAAAGACGAAGAAAAAGAAACGACGCUCGGAGGAGAAGGCUGACCCGCAGGCCUUGCUCAAGGAGAUAACCAAGGGCUUGAAAGUCGACUUCAUUGGCCCCAAUGACCCAUUCGACAUGUCCGAGGUCAAGGUGAAGAAGGAAAAGACCUCCGACGACGAAGAAGAAGAGAGGAAGGACAAGACCAACGGACACCACCAUAAGGACAGGAGAAACGGAAGCACAUCCCACCACGAAGAGAAGUCUGGCGGGAGAGAGCCAAGUGGCGAGAAGGAAUUCCCAGGGGGAGGGAGAAGGGAGAGAGCCUGGGACUUCUGGGGUAAAGCAGGGGGGGCUGAGAGCAGAGGCAAAGGGGAGGAGAGGGACGUCAAGGUGGAAAGGAGGGAAGAAAGCCCCGGACCAAGUAAGGCGAAAGAGAGGAACCAAGAGGAACGGAGAGAGAGGAGCAAGGAGAGGAGAGACAAGGCGCGUGAUAAGAAUAGUAGGGAGAUAAGAGACAGAAGCAAAGACAGGAACAGAGAAAGAAAGGAUAGGAGCAGAGAUAGAAGCAGAGACAGAAGUAGAGACAGAAGGGAUAGGAGCAGAGAUAGGAACAGAGACAGAAGAGAUAGAAGCCGAGACAGAAGCAGGGAGAGAAAGGAUAGAAGCCGAGACAGAAGCAGGGAGAGAAAGGAUAGAAGCCGAGACAGAAGCAGAGAGAGAAAGGAUAGAAGCCGAGACAGAAGCAGGGAGAGAAGGGAUCGGAGUAGAGACAGAAGAGAUCGGAGUAGAAAUAGGAGUUGAGAAGGAGAGAUGAGAGAUAGUGAGAGCGAUGUGAGAUGUGUAUGUGAGAGAGAGGGUAAAAGAAAAUACAAAGUGUUAUAUUGUGAUGAAUGGUGAUUAGCAAAUUCUCAUUUUACCUUAUUUUCCAUUGUGAAUGUUUUAGAGGAUGUUGCUGAUUUUCGGGGACUUUUAUGUAUCAUUACUGUAUGUAUUGUCACAUAUGAAUAAUAUUAUUAGAAUAAACUUAUCCCAUUUUCAGAAUCAAGAUAUUUUGUUCCUAGUUUUCAUUGUUUAAGGAUACAAUGUAUUGUAUUUAUUUUGUAAAGAGACGGUGUGCUUGACAAUAAAUUUUCAUCCAUAUUA